GACAUGGUUGGAGGAAACUGUACCCAGGUUACUGAAUUCAUUCUCAAAGGAUUCACAGAUCAUCCAGACCUUCAGAUCCUUCUCUUCAUGAUUUUCCUAGUGAUCUAUAUUAUUACCUUACUGGGGAACCUUGGAAUGAUCAUGUUAGUCAAGAUCGACCCCAGACUUCACACCCCCAUGUAUUAUUUCCUUAGUAAUUUGGCAUUUGUAGAUCUCUGUUAUUCCACAGUCGUCGCCCCCAAGAUGCUGGUGGAUUUGCUAGCAGAGAGGAAAGCCAUUUCUUACACUGGCUGUGCAGCUCAGAUCUGUGUUUUCUGUAUGCUGAUUGUAACAGAGUGUUUCCUCCUGGCUGCAAUGGCAUAUGACCGAUAUGUGGCCAUCUGUAACCCACUGCUCUAUAGAGUUGUCAUGUGUCCGAGACUUUGUGCCCAGCUGAUGGCUGGGUCUUUCCUAGCUGGGUGUAUAAAUUCAAUGGCACAGACAACAGGCAUGUUAACAUUAACCUUCUGUGGCUCCAAUGUCAUUGACUUGUUCUUCUGUGACAUCUCCCCGCUGCUAUCGCUCGCCAACUCCGACUCCAGCAUCAAUCACGUUGUGCUUCUAGCUGUGACAUAUUUGACUGGGGUAUUCAGUGGCCUGAUUGUCCUCAUCUCCUAUGUUUUCAUCCUCAAUGCUAUCCUGAGGAUCCGCUCUGCCGAGGGCAGGUUCAAAGCCUUCUCCACCUGCACCUCCCACCUCACAGCUGUCACCAUCUUCUAUGGGAGUGGCCUGUUCAUCUAUUUACAGCCCAGCACAAAGUACUCGAGGGAUCAGGACAAGGUGGUGUCAGUGUUCUACACUGUGGUGACCCCCAUGUUGAACCCCCUGAUUUACAGCCUGAGGAACAAGGAGGUAAAGGAUGCCCUGAGGAGAGCGUUAGAGAGGAAAACAUUCUCUCUAGGUCUAAAUUCAUGA